AGAGAGUUUUGACUUUUGAUGUCAAGAAUUAAAGCACAAGUCCUGAGGGAUUUGGUCACUUUCAGGAUAAUAACGUGGCAGAAGGAUAUAUGUUAAACUACCAUUAGAGAAGAGACUAAUUCAAUGAGCAACUUCAUUUUUUUCAAACCUCUUUCAUCCCCAACUCAAGUCUUUCAGAUUCUGCAAGGUGAGCUCAACACCCUACAGGAGGAUCCUUGGAGGUUGCAGCUCUGGUUAGAUGUCGAUAGACAACACUUCCUUUGCUAGUGUUUUUGAAUCCUUGUUGGAAGCUAUUUCAGCAAUCAUAGAAUCAGUAGCAUGUAUAGAAGUAGAGCAGGAAAACUUCAUUGCAGUGGGAUGCUACCUUUAUCGAGUUUUUCCAGCCAUAAUGGAGUUACAGUAUACUGAGAAUACCCCCAAAAAUACAAAGGAGAUUCUACAAUCUCUUUCCCAGAAUGUCAAUCUGGCGAAAGAUCUUGUGGGAAAAUGCCAUAAAGAGAACCAUCCAGUCUCAGAUACUGAACUGAGAAACGUCAUAGCCCAGCUAGAAGGGGCGGUAAAAGACAUAGGUGAAUGUUUGUGCUUGAUACCAUCUGCAACAUAUGGGGGUGAGGAAUAUGCAGAAACUGCAGUCCAGUCUCUUUCUGAGGAAAUGCAGAAUGUCCAUUUUGAAGUUAAGCAACCUCAAGAAGUACGAACCAAGGAGCUAGAACCACAGAUGUCUUUUGCAUCAGAGCAACCGAAAAAGGAACUAAUGCCCACAGAAUCAGAUCUUUACUCUGUAGAUGUGGACAUCUCUGUCUCUACAGAAAGUUCUCAAAUUUUCUCUAUGCCACGCCUAACUGAUUUCCUUAAAAUUACAAGUCAGAAAAGCCAACGGAAACAUGAGAACAUAAACAAAUCCUUGACAACAUUGCCACAGGUGGCUUACUACAUUGAACCUCUGUAUGACACUUUCUUCUGUCCCUUAACUAAGCAGAUUAUGGACGAUCCAGUUACCAUAGAAAGUGGAGUGACCUAUGAGAGGGAGGCAAUAACGGAUUGGUUUGAAACGUUCGAUUAUCUGGAGGAUAUAGUAUGUCCAACCACAGGGAAGAAGCUGACAAGCAGAGUUUUAAGCACCAAUGUUGCUCUAAAGACCACAAUAGAGGAAUGGAAGGAUAGGAAUGAGGCUGCAAGGAUCAAGGUUGCCCGUGCAGCAUUAACUUUAGCUAGUUCAGAUAGUAUGAUCCUAGAGGCAAUAAGAGAUUUGCAACAUAUAUGCCAAAGGAAACAGUAUAAAAAGGUACAAGUACUCAGUGUUGGAAUAUUGCCACUGCUUAUUAAGUUACUCGGAUACAAAGAUGGAGAUGUUAGAUGUGCAGCUUUGGAGCUAUUACGACAACUAGUUGAGGACAAUGAUGAAGGAAAGGAAAUGAUUGCUAAGACUAUGGAUAUAUCAACAUUAAUUGAGUUGUUAUCAAGUAGCCACCAGCAAGUCCGGCAUGCAUCUUUGCUGUUCUUGCUUGAGCUUUCAAGAUCUCAAGCUUUGGGUGAAAAAAUUGGUUCAGCUACUGGAGCAAUUUUGAUGCUGAUCAGAAUUAAAUACAAUCGGCAUGUCGAUUCCUUUGCUUCACAAAGAGCAGAUGAAAUUUUAAAGAACCUGGAGGGAUAUCCAGAUAACAUAAAGCAGAUGGCAGAGUAUGGAUUCUUGGAACCUCUUUUAAAUCAUCUUACAGAAGGUUCCGAGGAGAUGCAGAUGGAGAUGGCAAACUAUUUGGGGGAAAUCAUUCUUGGACAUGACAGCAAAACCUAUGUGGCUGAGAGGGCUUCUCCGAGUCUCACAAAAAUGGUGCAAAGCGGAAACUCCAUUAUCAGAAAUGCUGCAUUUAAGGCUCUAGCACAAAUCUCAUCUCAUCAUCCAAAUGGCGAGAUACUUGUAGAAGCUGGUAUUGUCCGCAUUAUGGCCGAAGAGAUGUUCAUUCGAAGAAUAUAUGAUGAACCAAUGAACUCAAAGAAAGAAGCUGCUGCAAUACUUGCAAAUAUUCUUGAGUCAGGUGUUGAGCAUGACAACAUCCAAGUAAAUACUCAUGGCCUCAGGAUAAGCUCAGAUUAUGUUGUCUAUAACAUUAUCUACAUGCUUAAAAACUCAACACCAGAUGAGCUCAACAUCAAUCUCGUCAGAAUACUCUUAUGCCUGACAAAGUCACCCGAGUCAAUGGAAACAAUUAUUUCAGUCGUCAAUGAGACUGAAGCAAGCUAUACCCUCAUUGAAAUCAUCAAUAACCCACACGAACAACUUGGGGUUGCAGCAAUCAAACUACUCAUUGCCCUUGCACCGCAUGUUGGUAACACACUAGCAGAGAGACUCUGCAAAACCAGUGGGCAACCUGAGAAUUUAAUUGAGAGCCCGACUGAAACCAACCACAUUACAGAGAAGCAGGCAGUUUCAGCAAAAUUCCUGGCAAAACUCCCCCACCAGAACCUAACACUCAACCUUGCUCUUCUGAACAGGAAUGUUGUCCCCACGAUCCUUCAGAGAAUCUUUCAAAUCCAAAGAAGUGGAACAAGAACUAGUAGGCAUGCAACUCUUUACUUAGAGGGCCUAGUAGGCAUUCUUGUCAGAUUCACAACUACACUGUAUGAACCACAUAUCUUGUUUCUUGCAAGAACUCACAACCUCACAUCAGUGUUCACAGAACUGCUCAUGAAGACAUCUAGUGAUGAAGUUCAAAAAUUAUCAGCAAUUGGACUGGAGAAUCUCUCACUAGAGUCAAUAAAUCUGUCACAGCCACCACAAAUUAAGAAAACCAAGUUUACGAAAAUGUUCUCCCUACCCAAGUUCCUAUCUUCCAGUUCAUCAAACAGGAGAAAGAUACCCGUAUGUCCAGUUCAUAGAGGUUCUUGUUCUUCGCAAAACACCUUUUGUUUGAUCGAUGCGAAGGCCGUUGAAAGGUUGUUGGCAUGCCUGGAUCAUGAGAAUGGCGAGGUGGUUGAAGCUUCACUAGCAGCUAUAUGUACUUUGUUGGAUGACAAGGUUGAUGUGGACAAGAGUGUGAACCUGUUGAGUGAAGUAAAUGCUAUUCAACAUAUCUUGAAUGUGGUGAAAGAGCACAGGCAAGAGGGGCUGUGGCAGAAAUCAUUUUGGAUGAUAGAAAAAUUCCUAGUGAAAGGUGGGAAUAAGUCAGCUUCAGACAUAUCACAGGAUAGGUUGCUGCCUGCCUCAUUGGUUAGUGCUUUCCAUCACGGGGAUGGUAAUACGAGGCAGAUGGCUGAGAAGAUUUUAAGGCACUUAAACAGGAUGCCAAGUCCAUCAACUACUUAUUACACCAUGUAAGAAUUUCUCUCCAGUUUUGAUGUCAAAGAUAUGCCUAUGUAUCAGGCAUUCUAAGUUGUGAUGGAAAGAACAUAAUGAAAACUUAAUUUACGUUACCAUUUCUUUC